GCCCUGGGCCCCAAACCACUAGGGCGGCGCCUCAGCCUCUCGCCUCGUGUCCUAUUGAUUUUAUUAUUCCUCGGACUGUUUUAAAAAAAUAUCCUUCCUUUUACUGUUGUUCAAGAAAAGGAUGGAUGCGAUCUUCCAGUUCCACCAACAGUUCCUUCAAGGCCCUGAAGAUGUUAAUCUCGACGAAAUUUGUAGGUUGUGCAGGACUUCUCGCGGUGUGAUGUCUUAUAUUUACAGUUCUACAGGCGUUGAUACAACGAUACCACUUUCGACUAAGAUAAUGAACUUCGCCAAUGUUAAGAUGAGUGAAGGUGAUGGACUGCCUUCAUUAAUAUGUCAUCGGUGCCUGUAUCAUAUAGAAAAAGCAAAUGAAUUUAAAGUACUGUGUGAACAAUCUGAUGCCCUGCUCCGUCAGUAUUUGGCACUGCAGACUGAAGCAGAAAUAGCAUCUUCGAAUAAUUUUGAUUUGGCAUCCAGAGUUCAUUAUAAUGGACAUACAGACUGUUUUUAUUCUGAUAUUGAUAACAUGAAAAAGGAUGAAUGUGAAAGUAAUGAAGUUAAAACUGAAGGAAGUGAUGAUCAUGAUCCUCAAUGUGAUUCAGAAGAUAAUGAACUGAAUUGCCCAACUUGUAAUAAACAUUUUGAAUUUUUCGAACAGUUAGAUAGGCAUAUUUUAAUACAUUCUCAGGAAGGACCAUUUCCCUGUGACUUCUGUGAUGUUAUUGAAAAAGACAAAGCAUCACUUAAAUCCCAUUGGAGGGAACAUGCUCCACCAAACACUCAAACGUGCCUGACUUGUGGCGAUUUCUUCCCAAGCAAGGAUGUACUUCUUCAACACAAUUUAUUACACGAUAAAACGAAACCUUUUCAUUGCACAGUUUGUCAAAAAGCUUUUUCGUAUAAAUCAGAUCUUCGAAAACAUUCUGUUGUUCACUCUGGUCUUCGGCCUUACGUUUGUUCAGUUUGCUUCAAGUCAUUCACUCGAAGUACAAACUUGAACAAGCACAGUCGAUUGCAUACCGGAAGAAGACCAUUCUCUUGUCCUGGUUGUGAUAAAAUGUUUGCUUCUAGAGGUGAUCUUCUGAGACAUUCGGUUAUACACACUGGGGAAAAGCCGUUUUCUUGUUCUAUUUGUUCUAUAUCUUUCAACAGGAAAGACAAGUUAACUAGACAUGAAAAACUUCAUAUCGGUGGAAGAGCACACACCUGUUCAGAGUGUCCUACCUCAUUUGCACGGAAAGAGGAACUCACAAAACACAUACAAUUUCAUCAUUUCUCACCAGAUCUUGCAUAUUUCAAUGAGGCAUCAGAACCUCAGGAUCUCACCUUGUCCUGUGGUAAAAGACUGAAAACAGAAAAUAGUGAUACAAUCGAUUCUGAUGAACCACAAGAAUCUGAAGCAAUGGUGAUAAGUGUCGACCCUACAAACUGGAGUGAUGAAAAUGGAUUGGAGAUUAAAAAAGUAGAAAAUACUGUAAGACCAAUCAAUCUAAGCAAGACUAAAGAUAAAAAAGUCGUUGAUGCCUCUUCUAACACAGUUUCAUCUUUACUUGACUCUGCCGAGGGAAGGUCGUUUAUUUGUGAGGUAUGCCAUAAAGGUUUUCGGCAAAGGCGAGAAUUAAUGAGGCAUUCCGCGAUUCAUACUGGAUUAAGGCCUCACCAAUGUACAACAUGUGGAAAGUCGUUUGCCAGAUCUGACAAACUGAAACGGCACAUGCGCACUCAUAUAACUAAAUCAAAGUGUGACCAACCUGUACUUGUGUCUCAACCUCAAUGUGACAUAUGCUUCAAAACUUUGUCUUCAAAGCAUGAACUGCGUAGACAUCUCAUGACACAUUCCCUUUUCAAGCCUUACCAGUGCAGUCUCUGUGCUUCUUCCUAUUGCAGGAAAGAUAAGCUGAUUAAGCAUAUUAAGAAGUGCCAUUCGGAUGGUCAAUCGAUAAACUUGAAGGGCCAUUUGAUACAGGAUCUUUGUAAAGAGUCGUGACAUAUUGUUAUUUCUUAAAACAACAAAUGCCUUAUAGUAUGAGCUUUGUUUCUUCUUUUUUGUAAUGAAGAAUUACGUUUUUGUACCUAUUUAUAUAUUAUGAAAGAAAUAGAUUUGUUGUAUAGAUUGAAAAUUAUGGAAUAGAUUUGUAUUAGAGUGAGUUUAAUAAGACUUUAAAUGUUCUAUGUGAAUCGUGGUGUUUAUAUAUCUUAUAUUUAAUUUCAGAAUGUAAAUUUUGUGUUAUCUAUUAACCAUUUAUAUAAUAAUGAUGGCAUAGCAUUGUUUUUAUGAAAAUUCAUAAACAUUUUUUUUUCUUUCUUUUGCACCUCUAUCCUCAAGGGUCAUUGAUGUUUUACUACGAUUUAUUCUUUUAUAAUACUUUAUUAACUUUAAAAAUUCAUACAAAUUAUUGAUUCUUUCUUCAUUAUCUUGAAGGAUUUCUCUUAAUGUUUUGGCUAAGUCUGUUCUUUGUCUGUAAUUUUCAAAUUGAGGACGUUCUUCCAGUAAGUGUUUCACUAUUUGUGGAACAUUAUUACAUUUUUCACACGUGGACGCUUCGAAUCCUCUCAUAAGGUAGCCAUGUGUAAACUGGCAGUGUCCUAUCCUUGGUCGGCAAACCAUAACUUCUUCUCUCCUUGAACUCCUGUAGCUUGCGAGCCAUUUGUCGGAUUAGGUUUUACUUCUAUCAUUUUGCAUUCUUUCCUUUCAUAUUGUUUUUGCCAUUCUGUUAGAAGUUUUUUUUUUUUGCGUGGGGUAGCCAGUUUUCUAAGGUAACUAACUAUCUUUAAUCUUAUCUCCGCCGAUUGUUCUUCACUUCUUGCUAAAUGGGCUGCUUGGUCAGCUUUUUCAUUUCCGGCAAUGCCGCAGCGGGCUGGUACCCAAACAAAUACUAUUCAUGCCUUUGUUUUUUAUUUCCCACCUUACAUUUAUUAUUUCUUUAAUAAUAGAAUUACUUGGAGAUGGGUUGUCGAUGGCGGCUAAGACACUCCAUGAAUCAGUUACAACAACCCAGCACGUUUUUCUAGAAUCUCUUAUAAAAUAAAAACUGUUCAUGAUGGCAGUCGCCUCUCCUGUAAAAAUGGAGCAUUCGCCUAGCAGUUUAAAUUGUAGUUGAUUCUUCUUAUUUGUUACAGCAUAUCCUAUAUUGUUUCUUUCCUUGGAUACGUUUGUGUAUAUGAAUUCGAAAUUUGUAUAAUUUUCAGUCAGUUUUAAAAAUGAUUAAUAUUUAAUGUAUAAAAAUGAUUUUAAUUCAUAAAUUAUACUUACAUUGUUCACGAUUUCCAAUCUUCAAAUAUAUUGCCAU